AUGUUCGAGGCUCCACGGAAUUUGACUUUUGUUGACGAUUCCCUAAACAAAGAUGCUCUGAAUGAGCCCUCGGGAAGCCGAGGGAUCUAUUCCAGAUCCGAUGAUGUGGAAAAGCAGGCUCGCUCUCCUUAUUCCAACCCAUUGGCUGGGAGCACCAAUGUAUCUAUCGCAGAAACCCUCAAUGAAGAAGAAACCCCCGCUCCGUCAAAAAGAUCUAAGCUGGGGAAAUAUUUCCUUUCCGACAUUGAUCGAAACUGGACAGAAGCUAUUCUUAUCUCCUGCGGCUUUGUGAGCGGUCUCGUCGAUGGCCUUUCAUUUACCUUCUGGAGCAGUUUCUCUAGUAUGCAAACAGGAAACAUAAUCAACCUCGCCCUCGGCGUCUCCGGCAACCUGUACCACCAAGAGAAACUCUGGGUCAAAGCCCUAAUCGCCGUCGGCGCCUUCCUCCUCGGCACCUUCUGCUUCAUCGUCGGCUCCUGGAUGCUCGGCCCCCUGCGCCGCAUAACAAUGAUCUCCUCCUUUGCCCUCCAAACAAUCCUCAUCAUGGUCGCCGCCAUCCUCGUCCACACGGAAGCCAUCGGCGGCACACCAUCCGGAGAUCCAAUGCGCUGGCUACAAGACGUCGCCAUCGCCCUACUCGCCUUCCAAGCUGCUGGGCAGAUUCUGGCGUCCAAAUUUUUGGGCUUUCCUGAGAUUAUUACCGUUGCGCUGUCGGCGGUUAUGUGUGAUAUCUUUCUUGACAAGAAGUUGUUUCACGGGUGGAGGGAGAACCCGAAGAGGAACCGGAAGAUUGGGUUCGUGCUUGCUUUGUUUUUGGGGGCGAUGGCUGGGGGUGGGAUGGCGAGGCAUCAUGGGUUGGCUGCGGGUUUGUGGCUUGCUAUGUCGUUGAAGGGGGCUAUUACGGUGGCAUGGUGUAUAUGGCCGGAGUGUCCGCCGCCGACGGAGGAGGGGGAAGGGAAGGGGAAGGAAGUGAUGAAAUGA